UUACAGAAACUAGUGGUUCAGUCCGCUGAGAGGGGAAAGAGGUUCCUGUUUCUGGCCGUGAGGACGCGCUCGGCUCGCUGUGGUGGAGGAGAACCGAGAGGUCCACGGUAUACUCCGCAGACGCAGCGGCAACGUUACUCUUCAACAUAACGAAGCACAAUGGAUGAAGAGGAACAGUUUGUGAACAUCGAUCUGAAUGAUGACAAUAUCUGCAGUGUUUGCAAGCUAGAGACGGAAACAGGGACCAUGUCUUUCUGCCAUGUCUGCUUUGAACUCAGCAUAGAAGGCGUCUCCUCUGCUACCUUGUUGCACUCAAAGUCUUUGCGCGGCCACAGAGACUGCUUUGAGAAAUGCCACCUCAUCGCCAACCAGAAGCUGUCACGGUCCAAGGUCUCCCAAAGUGCCUACGAGGGCAUCAAGCUGGCCUUCAGCCAGAAAUUGAACCGCAUCAUCCAGUAUGCCCAGAACAAAGACUCUGUCUCCUCCACCGGCCCCAGCAGACGAGGGGCCAAGCUUCUGUGUUAUAGCCAGCAGAGUGACCGCAAGCUGCUGCACCAGUCGGAUGCCCAGGUGCCCCGCUACACGCCCUGCUGGGACAGGGGCAAGGCAACAGGGCUGCCUGAUUACACCAUGGGGAUGUUGGAGUGCCACACAGUGGAGGAGCUGGGGCGGCUGCAGGAGUCACAAUCUGACAGCUGGAAAGGUCUACACAGCCAGAACCAAUUGUCAGGAGGAGGACAGAGACGGCACAGGCACCUGGGCCACAGCAGAGAGGAAUUGACUAAAAUGAGUGUGGACCAGCUCCAUCAGCUGAACUCCCAGCUACUGAUGCAGAUUCAAAAGGUCUUCGAGGAGCUGACUGGGGCAGUGCAGGAAAAAGACUCGUUAGCAUCGGAGCUGCACGUGCGUCACAUCGCCAUCGAGCAGCUCUUUAAGAACUGUGCCAAGCUGCCCUGGCUGAACAUUAGCAGGGCCGGGGUCAAGGCCAGCAGCAGCAGCAGCGGCGGUGGAGGCGGCGGGCCUGUGGAGUGAGGUGGGGCUUCUGUUCUCUCUGCAGCUGUCCAGGAAACUAGACAAACACUUCAAAGAGCCUUUAUACAUAUUGAGUGACUUCUCCGACACUGUGGUGACGUUGAGUUGUUGGAUCUGCUUUAGAGCAGCAUUUAGGGCUGGCUUGACACGGCCUCUGUUCUCAUGCUUGCAGUGAUGAUGCGAGGAUUAAUGUUUGCAGUACAAAACAUGUUAAUACCAGGUGGAAUGGGGCUCGGAGUAUCCUGGCCCCGGUACACGGUGAGGACAUGUUCACAUUGGGCACGAUCCUUUACCUUAAAAUAGACUUGUACAGAAAUGGUUGCAGCUUUUAUUUUAUUGUUUGGUUUGUGUUUAACAUUGCUGUUUCAAUUGUUUUCAUUUUGUGUAGAUACAUUUUCAAGUUAUUUUUUUUACCCUCCAUGUCAGACGUGGAUAUUCAAAUAUGGGUUUUAGCACUGCUUAAUACUCCUCUAUAUGUUAUCUGAUGGUUCUCUUUCGAAAGUAGAAGUAGAGGAUAUUCUAACGUGGCUCGGUGCAGGAUACUUGAUGCAGAUAAGCUGGAUGCUGUCUGUCGUAGUUAUAGCACCAGCCACCGGCAGCAGCAGUGUCGGAUUACUGCUUUAAUGUAAAGCGUGAUCGAGGUUUUAGCUUUUUCUUGCGGCUGCACACUGGCAAUAUAAUGGUAGGAAACACACGUUUUGACUUGCCUUCAAGCUGCCCUAAUAUGACUUGAUAGUUUAUGAAAGCUGUGGUGAUCAGACCGAUUCAACAGUAAUAAAGAAAAUAAAAAAGUGCAAGACAACACCCUUAAGUACCCUAUAGCAUCUCUGCAACAAAGACCAAUCAAAGUGUGAAUGUUAACAGGCAAUACGAGCUUUGCAGGUGUUUGUUUGUGUGGGUGAUAACUAUUUUGGAAGUGUCCAUAAACCAAUACUUUGUAACAGCUGGUUGGCAAGCAGCAAGUGGAAAUAUCAGUUAAUAUACGUGUGGCUUAAAGUGAUAGGUAGUUUGUUUUUAAUUCAGCUUUUGGAUUUCUAGGUACUAUUAUUGCUGGUGAGAUGUACUUGAUUUUUAGCACAGAGCUGUCUGUUGUAUGGCUGUGAAGUCGUAUGUAUGGCUAUACACUGAAUGAGGGCUAUCGGAAUAAGAAAGGUUUAACUAUUGAAAUGAAAAAGAAUCCAGCUGCCAAACCAAAGUGGGUAUUUAUUCUGUAUCACGUGUGAACUGUAAGCAUUGGAUUAUUUUCCAUCAGCAGAGGAAGAUGCAAUACCAAACUGAUGUGUGUGUGUGUGUGUGCGUGUGUGCACUAAUGAACCAUCAGGUUUUUUCUUUAACGGUGUUGAAAUGAAUUGUUUUCAUGGACACACAGCGUAUGUUCUAUGCUUUGUUUUACUUACAGUUUUUCUUUUCCUUUAAUGUGCAGUGUAAACUGUCGUCCUCUCUCCUGUAUUAGUGUGUGACCGCUAAGUUGAUGUCACAGCAGUACCACCAGGAUAGGUAGGGUGACUGGGCCUCUGCAGGUCCCUGACUAUUGUGGAUGCUAUUAACAGUCAGUGUGUUAAGCCUGCAGUUUUGCUUAUUUUGUUAUUCAGGAACCCUAUGCAAGAAAGAAACAAAUAAAUCAGAAGCCUUAUUAAAUAGGAAAUAUC